UAAACUAUAUUAUAAAAAAACGUCAAUUUAGUGCAAUUUAUUGCAGUAAAAACCCCAAAAUUAUGUAGCCAAUAAGACUGUAAUAGCCCGACUUCAACUCGUCUGAAUCGUCGAAAAAGAGUAGCCAGCGUGACAAAGGAAAACAAAUCGCAACCAAAAUGGUGAGAAGAACCUCAUCGAUCUGAUCGACCUGGCGCCGGACCAGACGGCCAGAAUGCGGGAUCUAGACCGCUGUGAUACUCAUCAAAAUGGGAGAUGGGAGCAAAAUGAUUCGUCGCUGCUGGGACUCCAUUCACGUGGUGGAGGAGUAUUCCGCUUAUUUAUUCCGUCAUAUUUAUGCUGUUUGCCUUGCGUCUUCGUAGAACCGAGAAUUGUACGCCUGGCUGGCGUGAUAUCUGGAUUGAUACUGGAUUUUGGCACAUUCUUUUUUCUGUCUUGCUGCUUGUGAUUAUGAUACUAUGGCGACCCACAAAUAACAAUCAACGCUACGCCUUUACGCCUCUGCUGGACAACCCGGAGUAUGAAGACGACGAGGACGAGGAGGAUCAGUUUGUGGCCGAUGCCUAUGGCGUGAAAAUGCGUGGCCAGAAUGGUACACCAAAGACCUCAACUGCCACGCGAAACACCACCACAACCGAGGAGGACGUCAAUGGCGGAUGCAGCUCUGCCUGUGCUGGAGUCGGAUGAGGAAAUCAUCAACACCAAGUUUGAGGUUUCCAAAAUGCAAUAGGCUGUGACUUUCGCUGGACCCAAGAGACUUUAUGCAUAUUGGUUGGACACUUUCCACUUCCUGAAUAAUCAAAAAUGUUAAUA